AUAAGCGCGUCGUUGCACAUAUAAAACGCAACGCGUAAGGCCCUUGAGAGCAAGGCCGAACGGAUUUCGCGCCUUGGUCGCAACACCCUCUCCCGAUGCUGUGCUCGACACCUGCAGCGCAAGAAACAUUCAAACUACUGUAGUUUCACUUGUCAGUCGUGACAGCGGUGCAAUUUGCAGGUUGCAAAAUGGCCUCGGCAAUGCGCAUGGCACAGCACCCGACGCCUCAACUGGCGCCCGUUCGCCAGCGCGCAAGUGUGUGCUUUACGCGGGCGCGGCGCACGCUGCCGAUCGUCAAGACCGCAGCGCCGGGCUCGACCGUCGGGGCGGGAGCGCCCGUGCCGGACAGCGUCCCUUCGGGGGUUUCUUUCGAGGGUUAUGAUAAGGGCGCAGCGGAGCGGUACCUGCGUGAGGAGAACCCCUACCCUCGCGCGCUGGCCUCCGUGGACGAGCCGGACGGUGGGGCGCUGUAUGCUGGCAAGCGGGCGGUGGUGGUGGGCGCGGGGCCGGCCGGCUCCACCGCAGCCAUGUUCCUGGCGCGACAGGGCUUCCAAGUGGAGGUGUACGAGCGGCGGCCCGAGCCCAAGCACGACGCUGUAGACACGGGCCGCGCCUACAUCAUCAUCCUCAUCCCGCGCGGCCAGGCGGCGCUCAAGGAGCUGGGUGUUAAGCUGCCCGAGGACGAGCACUUCCGCACCCUGGGCACCGUCAGCCACAACGCCAAGGGCAAGACGCGCGUGAGCAAGGAGGAGGGCAACGUGACUUUCAGCCGCAGCGGCCUGGCGCAGUGGCUGAUCGACACGGCGCGGCGGCGCUACCCCGGCCGCAUCACCUACAACUUCAACGUCACGGCGGAGGAGAUCGACUUCAAGGACAAGAAGAUCCGCUUCGGCACCUCCGGCGGCAUGAUGUCGCCCGCGCGCCACGUGUCGUACGACCUGCUGGUGGGCACCGACGGCGUGGCCAGCCAGGUCCGCGGCGCGCUGGCUGGCUACUGGGGGCGCGAGGGCCAGGCCUACAACGUGGAGGUGGACGACAGCGGGCGCGAGUACAAGGUGUACAUGGGGCUCAAGGGAAACAUCGAGCCGCCGGAGUUUGCCGGCAAGACCGGCGCCAGCCUGCACCUGUAUACCUCCGACGACCCCUUCACCUCCUUCACCGCGCACUCCAACCCCGACGGCACCUACAGCGGCACCUUCUCGCUGCAGACCGGUGGCUUCAAGGACCUGCACGCGCCCGCGGACUAUGAGGCGCUGAUGAAGGCCAAGUUCAAGGGCGUGCCCGAGGACUGGAUCCCCGCAGCUGCGCAGCAGCUCGCAGCAGCCACCCCCAGCCCCGCAGGCAAGCGCGUGCGUGUGAGCCGCAUGUGGGGCCCGGGCACUGUGUUGCUGGGCGACGCCGCGCACGCCGUGACGCCGGUGUUCGGCCAGGGCGCCAACAGCGCGCUGGAGUCCUGCCUGGUGCUCAACCAGGCCCUGGCCGGGGCCAAGGGCGACGUGGACGCCGUGCCGCAGCUCUUCAACGGGCUGCGGCUGGAGGACGCGCACUCGCUGUACGAGCUGGACCGCAAGGCGUACAGCUUCUUCAGGCGCAAGGGCCCCUUCGACCCCGAUUUUCUGCAGCUGCUGGCGCACGUCAUCCUGGGGACCAUCCUGUCCAAGAUCGUGCCGUUCAUCUACGGCAGCCGGCCCGCGCUGCUGCGCCUGGGCAGCGGCAUCCCCUACUCCCAGAUCACCGCCGCCGUGGCCCGCGACGCCAAGCUGGCGGUCGUGCUGCUGCUGGCGCUGGUCGCGUUCACUGCAGCCAAGCUGUUGAAGCUUAUUUGAUAAAAGCGGCGUGAGGGCGAGAGAGCGAGUGAAAGAGGUGCAGAGGUUUUUGGGCUGAGCCGGAGGAGGAGAUUUCAGGGGGGCCGAAGCCCCCCAGGAACAGGCGUUCAGGACGCGUGCCACGUAGCGUACGGUGCUUCGGAAACGCUGGCAUGAGGACUUGAGUGUAUGACAGGUUGACAGGGCAGGACAGCGGCGCCGUUCUGGUGCCACGCGUGGGUACGGCCGUGGUCAGACGGGAGACGUUUGCCUGUCGCCUGUCGGGUCCCACGCGUGUCCUUGGCCAGGGAUGCGGCUAGCGAAGAAUGAAUGAGUCCGGCACUGUGCCAGGGGUGUUUCACGGCUGAUUACGGUCCUCCUGUACGUGAUCAGAGGAUCGGCAGUAUGUUGUGCGCGGCACGUUGUCAUCGGCGCCCUCGUCACCCUUGCGCGGCUCUGCACCACCCUCGGCACCUUCAUCACGUCAGCACGGCGCACGCUGCGACGGCUGCAUCUGCGCGCCUACCCGCGCCCCUUCCUCCGCAAGGCCCUCAUGCGCUUCUAUGGUCAGCAUCGCCAACUGCUGCCGGGUACCAUGACCUCACGCGGGCUCCUCAGUGCGCAUCGGCUAUGCUAUCCGCGCGGUGUGGCGUCGCAUUGAGUCUGUGUGGUGCUAUCGCCUUGGCCGGGCGCCCGGAGCGUGAGGAAUGCGCGUCAGCAAAACAUCGACACAACCUGCCAGCUACCGUCGGUACAGUAACAGCGCGCGAACGACGCACCAAUGCCUUGUCCCUUCUUGCUACGCAUUUAUGUGGGCACGGGUGGGAGCCACACACAUCGGGACUACGCUUUCCUGCCCCUUGCCAUGUUCCAUCACGAGUAUGUUGUGCGCGGUUGGAAGCGAUACAUCGUAUGGAGGCCUUGGUGUUGAGGCGGGAGCGGGGGCUUCAAGCACCCCUGGCUUCCAGGGUGCCCGUGGACGUGAGCAACCAGGAGCGCAAACUCAAAAGCAUUAAAAAGAGUCAACCCGGAGAGCACAGAACAGACCCUUCGCAUGGAGUGGCAUCGAAGAAAUGGAACAGCUGCCGGAGCAGGCAGGGCAUCUCUCUGUG